CAAGCGGCGCGGCUCUUUGGUUUGUGCUUUGGCAGUGAAAGGUUAACUGGAUUCAGCUCCCCCCACGGCGCCGCCGCCGCCGCCGACACCUCCAUGCCCCGCCCGGCGGCCGCCGCAGCUCCCCUUCGGUGGCGACCAUCGCACGCGCAGCCGCUCUCUCCCCUGCCGCUCGGCUCCUCCUCCGCCAGCGCAUGGGUUCCUCCGCCGCCGCCCACCUCGUCAUGCCCUUCCCCUCCUCGUCUUCCUCCGACGACUCCGACGAUGUCGACGAAGCCAGGAUCCUCCCGCCCUCGCCCGCGCUGGAGCCGGAGGCAGCCUCCCCGCCCCCGCCCCCUCAGCCGCAGCAGCAGCAGCCGGCGCAACGGUGGCUGGACCUGGAGCGCGACUGCAACAUGGCAAUGAAGGCGCUGGCGCGCGCGGGGGACGUCGCGCAGGUCGCCGACCUCUUCGCCGAGCUCGCGCAAGCCGCCUCGGCCGCCGGCGCGGCGCCGGGCGUCCUCUGCUACAACACGCUCCUCAACGCGCUCGCGGAGGACGGCCGCGCGGCGGAGGCCCGCGAGGUGUUCGACGGAAUGCUCGCGGCCGGGGUGGCGCCCACCGCGUCGUCCUUCAACAUCCUCGUCAAGCUCUACGCGUGGCGGACCGCGGAGUUCCACCUCGCGUACGACGAGAUCCGCGGGAUGCGGGGCCACGGGGUGGUGCCUGACGUAGGCACCUACUCCACGCUCGUCACCGGGCUGUGCCGCGCGGGGAAGCUUGACGAGGCGUGGGGCGUGCUCGAUUGGAUGCUGCAGGAGGGGUGCCGCCCGAUGGUGCACACCUACACCCCCAUCUUGCAGGGUUAUUGUCGCGAUGGCCAUAUUGAGGAGGCUAGGAAGCUCAUAGACUUUAUGGAGGGUGCCGGUUGCCCACCCAAUUCUGUCACUUACAAUAUUCUGAUCAAGGCAUUAUGUGAUGAUGGCAGAUUCGAUGAAGUCGAGCAGGUUUUGGUUGAGAUUAAAACUAAGGGCCUCAAGCCCAGUUCAGUGACCUAUAAUACAUAUAUGGAUGCUCUCAGCAAGAAAGGCAUGGGUGAGAAAGCACUUCGGCUGGUUGAGGAUAUGCAAUGUGAAGGUUUGAAACUCACAGCUUUUACUUUGAGUAUUGUCAUAAACUGCUGUUGCUGGAACUCAAAGUUUUCAAAAGUCAUUCCCUUAUUAGAGAGGAGCACAGAGUUAGAUUGGUGUGCUGCUGUUGUUGCAUACAACACUGUGAUGAGCAGACUAUGUGACACAGGCAGAUGGUUGGCUAUUCUGGAGCUCUUGGCAUACAUGAUCAAGAAAGGCAUCAUCCCGAACACGCGUACAUUCAACAUUUUGAUUAAUAGUUUUUGCACCAGGGGAAAGCUUUCUGUAGUAAAAAAAUUGGUUUUUAAUCAUGGGUUUCCUGCAAAUGUUGUGACAUACAAUACGCUUAUCCAUUGGUCUUACUAUCAUGGGAAGGCUAGUGAUGCGGACAGCAUGUUUGAGUACAUGAGAGAAGUAGCCAACAUUGCUCCGGAUGAAGUCACCUAUACCAUAAUGGUUGAUGGAUUAUGCCGACAAGGAGAAUUUGAUAAGGCUACUGAUUGUUUUAAAGAAUCUCUCAAGAGUAGACUGUCAAAGGAUCUUCUUACUGCCCUUAUAAACAGGCUUGGUCGCAAGGAAAGAAUCUUGAACAUCCUUGAUAUAUUCGAGGAAAUUGAAAGAAGAGGUUUUGUUCAUAAUCACAUGAUAUUUGAGGGUACAAUUAGAUCAUUUUGUAGGUUUGGUUUUCGUCAGUACACAAAGAUGUUUAAUCUGGAAUUUCUUCUUGAGGGAAUUUUGGGACCUGGCAAGGAAGUAUAUCCUGCCCAUAAGGGUCGAGGAAAGAGAUAAAUGAGCACAGGCAAGAUGGCGACUGGGACCCCGGUACCCAUGCAAUGGCGGAAGCUGGUGUCGGCGGCGGAGGCAGCCUGCGUUGAGGACAAGGAAUCCGGCGCUGGCGGAGGUAAAGGCACCGUGCACGGUGCACCUGGUGAGCAGUGGUCAGUCAGUGGACGGGAGGGAGGAGCCACUUGGCAGUGGUGCAGACUACCUGAGCAGACGCAUCACGCAUAUACUGAGAUUAGGGAAUGGGCUGGAUUUGUCUGGGCUUUAUUCUAAGUGGACCAAAUCCAAGAUGGGCUUUGAUCCAGCUCUUUCCGAUGAGUUGUGAAAUGUAACAUCGUCGCCAAAAAACAGCCAGGGUGUGAAAUACAGGACAGAUUGCCAGUUAGAUGAGGUGAAGUUUCUCUAGUUUUUUUAGUCGCUUCAAGAGCAAGAAUACAAUACAAUUUACUACUAACAGAUAACGUUGUGCCCAUGACGGUUUUUUUGUCAAAUAACUGUAGUGUGUAUAAUUGACUGUAAAUCAUACUUUGCUUUUUUUUUCUUUGAUUAUGAUGUAUUAUACUUCA